AUGCGGCUCCGCACGGGGCUGCUCCCCAUUGUUUUGGUUCUAUUCUAUGCGCAACUGGGAUAUUGUGGCUGGUUCCAAGAGUUUCUGGAUUGGUUUGGGCUAACACAUCGAAAUAUGGAUAACGUAAAGUUGAGGAAUUAUCCAAAAAUUACCAAAGAAGAGUUCCUCGCCCGUCCUAUAGCUGAUUACUAUACUGGCCCAGGGCAAAUCCCAUUGCCUCCAAGAAAUGCAACGAAAAACCCGGAAGAUGAGAACUAUUAUCGUUGCUGGGUCUGCGCGGAUCGUCCCGUUUUUCAAAUGCUGCAACAAUUGAACAACCUUUUAUCGAGUUCGAUGAGGCACCCAUCUCCGCGGGCUUGUGCAGGAUCACGAUAUUCCUAUCAGAUUAUGUGUCAAGGACCAUGCUCUAUCGCUACUUAUUGGCGUGAGAGGCGCAUUGGGCGGGAACACAUCGGUAUCUAUCGAGAUUGCCUCAAUUACAAGCACGAUCUCGUCUUCUCGAAAGAGCUUCUGAACCGUCAGUUAUCGUAUGGGCAUGUGACAGUCAAAUUGCCAUGGGAUAGUUGGGCAAAUAUUACUUAUUGCCGCAAUGACUACUGUAAUAUUGAGCACGAGCAGCCACGAGAAACGUUCCGCGCUCCCACUCAAAUCAAGGAACUUUGCCUUACGGCGCUCGACUCGAAAAACAAAGAAGCCGAGCCAAUAAAGGACUGCAGCCACAUAACC